AUGAAAACUUUUGUAGACGAAAUAGCCUUAAGCAGUUUAAGAAAAGUAAACGAAUUCAGAAAGAAGGAACACAGUGUUAUUGAGUGCCUCGAUUUGGUUACUACCGAAUCCAAACACAAAACGGACAUAAUAAAAUAUGCACAAUCUGAAAAUAUAAGGACUAUAUCAUGGCCUUUACAAGAUUUGUACUCCGCAGAAUACGAUUUAGGACUUAUUGUGGCUUUUGGACACCUGAUUAAAGAAGAUCUUCUCAACAAAUUCCCCUUAGGAAUGGUGAAUGUUCAUCCAAGCCUUUUGCCGCAAUGGCGAGGUGCUGCACCUAUCAUUCACACUCUAUUACAUGGAGACUCAAUUAGUGGUGUCACAUUGAUGAAGAUUAAAGCAGAUAUAUUUGAUGUGGGUGAAAUAAUAAGUCAAGUAAAAGUGCCAGUAUCCAGUGAUAUAAGGUUACCAGAAUUAACGGAAGAGUUAUCAGAAAUUGGAGCAGACAUGUUAGUAGACUGCAUACGAACGCUACCCAUGAGUUUAAUAAAUACCCGGCCACAGAGUUCAGUUGGAGUAACGUAUGCAAAGAAAAUAAACAAAAGUAUAAGUGUAGUCCGAUGGUCUCAAAUGACUGCAGCAGAAGUAUAUAACUUGUACAGAGCGAUAUACGGACUGUUUCCACUCACCACGAAAUUUCAAGGCAAACAAAUGAAGCUCUUUGAUGCCUUCAUCCAUAAUCCUGACAAUGUUGAACUUAAGAAUAAACCGAUUGGAACUGUAGAGUACUGUGACAGUACAAAAGCAAUAAGAAUAUUAUGUAAAGACCUUAGGUAUAUUUAUUUCAGAUCACUUAGAAUAGUAGGUAAAAGACAAAUAUCUGCAUUAGAUUUCUAUAACGGUUACAUAAAAAAUGUUUCAUUAGAAAAGAGAGAUUUAAUAGUUUUUAGAAAUCAAUAA